GUUUGGAUUCUCAUCUUUCCUUUGGAAUAUGUAUGAGUGAAUUUUGCGAAAUGUCAGUGUGUUUCUGACUUGGAGAUGUAUCGUAUAUUGAAUUAUCUGUUAUUGAGACAGUUAUGAAGACACGACGAUGACAAGUCUAUUUUUUUAUUUGUUAUUGAGACACUACCUUGAGACCUAUCUUGUUUUAGUUAGAUUCGCAAUUUUCACCUUGAUGAUUUCAAAUCAAGAACAGACUCCGACAUUCAUCAUCAUCAGGAUCUAUUUUGUUUUAACAGCACUCGCAAUUUUGAUCUUGAUGAUUUUGAUCAAAAAGGACUCCUACAUUCAUCAUCAUCAUCAUCAUCAUCAUCUGGACUCCUACUGGAUAGCCCAUCCUCCAUCACUGCAGGCGUAUAUUGAUAUUAUUAUCAUCAUCAUUAUCAAAGCCCAGUUGUUGCAUAUAGACUCCAAAUUGAAAAUGAUCAUCAUCAUUUGAUCUCUAAGUAGUCCCAUUAGGCUCAUGAACGAAUAAAUUCCAAGUCUCAUGAGCUAGUCUUAUGAGCCUUGAU